AACUCAAAAUGGCAGCUAACAAUCAAGUGCCAUCAAAGCAGCUAAUAAUGUAUCCAAAGCACCUCGUUUAUCCGGACGGGGUGGAUGCUAAACGUGAUGUAUGCCUGGAAGAGUUGAGGGCAUCCCGUACAAGAUAUUGCCCCUCGCCAUCUCCUGAUUGUGACAUGGACAUGACUGAGGCGUACUGUGGUAAUAUUACGGUCAACGUCCCCGUGGUGGCCUCCAUGGAGAAGGGACGUGAAGUCUUACACUUGAUGGAGCAUAAACCUGAAAAACUAUUAGUGUUAUCAAAGGAAGAGCCAGGUGGAAACAUGACUCGUGAGCUUCAAGAAAAGGAAAACUUACCUGUCAGCCUCAAUCAGUUUGAUUUUACACCAAGUGCAUCUGAAUCAUACAGCCAUCAGUACAGUUAUAAUGGAGCCUCCUUCUCCAUGAAAGGUGCUCUUAGUUUUAGUGAAUCGGACAGUCUGGUGAGCUCUGCAUGCCAGUCAGAGGAAGAGGCGAAGAUGUUUAAAGAGAAGACCGUUCUAAAACAAGAGAGACAUUCUGAUCAAGUCCAUCAGUCGUUGCAGUACACGCAUAGUUCUGAGUCUCUUUAUGCUAAUAAUAAGCUGCCAUGUCCUAAGACAAAACCAGUGUCACAACUAAGUCGUACAUUGGAAACAGAUAUUGGCACCAGUUCAGUACCAAUAUCAUCAAUUGCUGUGUCACAAGAGGGCAGAUUGGAUUCUUUUUCUGUAUAUAAUGAUAGUCAAGUAUCCAUUAACCAGCCUGCAGCAGGACAAUCUACAAGGCCUCCAUUACAAGUAUUACCUCAAGAAAAAUCUUUGACCUCAUUUAGUGUUUAUGAAGAAGCAUCCAUUAACCAGCCAUCUUUCAAGCAAUCUGUUCCUUCUGCAAGGCCUCCAUUACAAGUAUUACCUCAGGAUAAAUCUUUGACAUCAUUUAGUGUUUAUGAAGAAGCCUCCAUUAACCAGCCAUCUUUCAAGCAAUCAGCUCCUUCUGCAAGGCCUCCAUUACAAGUAUUACCUCAGGAUAAAUCUUUGACCUCAUUUAGUGUUUAUGAAGAAGCAUCCAUUAAUCAGCCAUCUUUUAAGCAGUCUGCUCCUUCUGCAAGGCCUCCAUUACAAGUAUUACCUCAGGAUAAAUCUUUGACCUCAUUUAGUGUUUAUGAAGAAGCAUCCAUUAACCAGCCAUCUUUCAAGCAAUCUGCUCCUUCUGCAAGGCCUCCAUUACAAGUAUUACCUCAGGAUAAAUCUUUGACCUCAUUUAGUGUUUAUGAAGAAGCAUCCAUUAACCAGCCAUCUUUCAAGCAAUCUGCUCCUUCUGCAAGGCCUCCAUUACAAGUAUUACCUCAGGAUAAAUCUUUGACAUCAUUUAGUGUUUAUGAAGAAGCCUCUAUUAACCAGCCAUCUUUCAAACAAUCAGCUCCUUCUGCAAGGCCUCCAUUACAAGUAUUACCUCAGGAUAAAUCUCUGACCUCUUUUAGUGUUUAUGAAGAAACAUCCAUUAACCAGCCAUCUUUCAAACAAUCAGCUCCUGCAAGGCCUCCAUUACAAGUAUUACCUCAGGAUAAAUCAAUGGGUUCAUUUAGUGUUUAUGAAGAAGCCUCCAUUAACCAGCCUUCCUUCAAACAAUCUGCUCCUCCUGCAAAGCCUCCAUUACAAGUAUUACCUCAGGAUAAAUCUCUGACCUCAUUUAGUGUUUAUGAAGAAGCCUCUAUUAACCAGCCAUCUUUCAAGCAAUCAGCUCCUCCUGCAAGGCCUCCAUUACAAGUAUUACCUCAAGAUAAAAGUGUUUAUGAUGAAGCUUCCAUUAGCCAUCCUUCACAGCCACAAACUGCUUCUUCCAACACAAUGCCAAUGAAAGUAUUAAAUUGUGCACCAUCUUUGUCAAGUGUUCCUCUAACUACAUCUGAUGCCUCAUCUCAUUGUCUCGCAUCAAUAGAGAAACUUUCUCUAUCUCAAAAAGCUCCCGUCACUAUCUCUACCUCUCUUCACUCGCAUAACUUCCCAGUACCGUCUUCAAUUACUAACCAAGAGCAGCCAUUACCUAAUAUCACCAACCCUGUAUCCUCUACUCAUUCCUUGCCAGUUCCUUUCUCUAUAAAUAAUCCUCUCCCUCCUCCACUUGAUGCUCUCCCUGUACCACAGAGUGUUACUACUCCACCUACUAAUGAACAAGAGGCUGAAAGCAUCUCACCUGAAAGUGGCACUCAUUCUCACCCUCUGGUUAAUGAGACUAUUGAUCCUAGUUUCUUUAUACCUGGGUACCUCUCUGAUGAUCCUACUAGCACACCGUGUGGUGGUAGGAGAGUAGGUUUGGCUCCAUUUGACGUGACAGCUAUUCAGUCCUACUCGCCUCAGAGCAGCAACACCAAACCUCUCCCUCCUCCUCCUCCUCUUCCUGUACCCUCACUCCCUCCCCCUCCUCCUCCUCCUCCUCCUUCGCAGCCCCUCCCACAAACAGACCCCGCCCCUCCUAUUAUGCAGCCGUACAGUUUCAGAGGUCAGCACUUAGACCCGAUACAAGAAGAGUCUCGUAGCUAUUGCAGCAGCUCCUCGGGCAGCACCACGACUUGUAGCAGUAAGAACUUAUCAACUCAUUCUAAUGCCAGCAGGUCAGCUAAUAUCAGCCAACAGUCCCAGCACAAUGAAGAUGAAGAACCACCUGAGGUUCAAGACUUACGAUCGCUAGGUGUCAUGAAUUUAAAGCGACAGGUAAACCCGUUCACUCCAGAGACGAUCCAGUUUAUGCUCCAGUCUUUACCAAUCACUGUUACCCCUGUUCACCGACUGCCGAAGUCUUCUCCGAGUAUGACAACGGGUCACACUGUUACACUAGCCGAUGGAUCGUCUUGUAGUGUCAUUGGUAAACUGGCCAAGGGAGGAUUUGCCUCCGUUUAUAAUGUUAAGAUGAUGAAUGGAAGUACAAAAGCGCUCAAGAUUCAAAACCCUCCCUGUUUGUGGGAAGUUGCCAUUAUCGAAGAGCUUCACAAAAGACUAAAGGCAAACGAUCUUCUUAAGUUUUCUCAAUGUUUCAUGAGUGUUGAUGCUGUUCAUUUGUAUACUAAUUCCAGCAUAAUUGCUUACAAUUAUUAUCCACACGGAACUCUAUUGGAUUUAGUCAAUACAUGUCGGACAACGAGCAAGAAGCUAACAGAGGCAGUCUUACUUUAUUAUACAACAGAGAUAUGCCAACUGGUUGAAGCACUACACUGCUGUGGCAUCAUUCAUGCUGACAUUAAACCAGACAACAUCAUGCUAAGAGAUAUUAGACCUAUUACUGAUUAUACAUCAAUAAGAGGGCGUGGUGUUUGUCUCUUGGACUUUGGUCGUGCUAUUGAUGCCCAAUCAUUCCCACGUGGUACUCAGUUCGUUGGUUCCUGUGGUACGGACUCAUUUCAAUGCAUCCAGAUGCUUAAUAAUGAGCCAUGGAGCUGGCAUACUGAUCUUCAUUGCAUUGCUGGUACAGUUCACGUUUUGCUGCACUUGGACUAUAUGGAGGUCAUCAAGAAUGCCAUGACUGGAGAAUAUGUACCAAGCAAAUCUCUGCCCAGAAACUAUGAUCGUGUUUUGUGGAUGAAGUUUUUUACCGAUCUCUUAAACUGGUCUGGCGAGGGACAGCCUGACAUGAAGGCUCUUACUCAACCUUUAUCGAGGAAACUUUCCCUUAAUGUUAGCCACCUCAAGCUUAACCUCAACUACAUGUGGACACAGAUGGAAAGACAGAGAGGAUUUCCCAAAUGAACUAAUUCCUCUUUAUUAUAAUAAUAGACUAUAAUGAUAGUUUUAGGACAAAAUAACACUAUCACAUAAGUGUCUUGCAUGUUUGUAAUUGUUUAUACAACCAAAUGAAAAGAUUAAUGAUUUAGAAUAAA